AUGGGUCUGACCAAAAACUAUCAAAAGGAUUUGCUGGGACAACAGAUAUGGCCGCUGAAUUUCAAUGGCGAGGACUCCAAAAGAGGAAUAUCAGUCUCAGAUGAAGAGGUGUACGUAGGAGAUGAGGUCACUUUUAAGUGUGAAGUAAACAAACGAAGUCCCACGGCUGAAUGGUGGAAGGGUGACCUUGAACUGUCAGGGGGUAACAAGUAUAAGAUGUCUGAAGAGAGAAACAGUGAUGGUUCCAUAUUUUACCUUACCAUCCAUGAUGUCCAGUUGGAAGAUAACGGCGAGUACACCCUUCAUUUGACACAUAAACAAGGAGAGGCUAGUGGCACUGCCACACUCAUCGUCAAAGAGAGACUUAAAAUUGUCAAAUCCUUUGGUGAUGUAACAGCACAUGGAGGAAAGAGGAUUAUUCUCAAGUGUGAGGUGAACAAAGAUGGAGCUACAGUAAAAUGGCUGAAGAAUAAUAAGCAGGUUUCUGAGAGUGUAAAUGUUACCAUGACCCAGAAUGGUAAAGAGUUUAUUCUGACAAUCAAACAAGCUCAGAGGUCAGAUCAUGGCACUUACACCUGUGAAGUGACAUUACCUUGUGAAAAGGUCACAUGUUCUGCUGAUAUCACUGUGCAAGAGUUUGAGAGGGAGUGGAGGACAGUUAGCUGGGAUAUCAACAGCAAAAACAAGAUGAUGAAAGAGAUCAGUCUGCUUAAACCAAAAGUUACUCCUAUUCGGAUCCUUCUCCACGGACCAGUUGGAUCAGGGAAGUCCAGCUUUGUCAACUCCAUUGAUAAUGUCUUCAAGGGCCGCAUUGCCAGUGCAGCCCUGGCAGAUGCUGGCAUUGGAACGACUUUCACUAAAGUAUACAAAGCACACGACUUUCAAAUGAGUGGACAUCCAGGAUUUUUGCCCUUUGUAGUCAAUGACAUCCCGGGUCUGGAAGGAAAAGAUUCAGACGGGGCACACGCCGAUGACAUCAUCAAUGCAUUACAGGGUUACAUAAAAGACAAAAGUGAGCUUCAUUUAGGAAAACCACUGUCAAAAGGAGAUUCGGGCUACAACAGCAGCCCCUCGCUGGCAGAUGAAGCUCACUGUCUGGUUAGUGUAAUACCUGCAGACAAAAUCACUCUGAUGGCUGAUGCUGUCAUCAUGAAGAUGAGACAGGUCAGAGAGAAAGCCAGCAAAAUGGGAAUCCCUCAAGUGGUUGUUAUGACAAUGGUGGAUAAGGCAUGCCCACUGGUCAAAAAAGACCUCAGAAAGAUCUACACCAGUCUGAAGAUCAAAGAGAAAAUGGAGGAGUGCCAUUACAGGCUGGGUGUUCCAGUGAACUGCAUUUUCCCACUGAAGAACUAUCAUGAGGAGGGCUCAUUGGUUCUAGAACUGGACUGUCUGAUUUUAACCACUUUAACACAGAUCAUUCAUUUGGCUGAUGACUAUCUGAGCACUGUAAAUGCAAAUGACAAGGUAGGGAACAUCAAACCCACAGUAUCCAUGGCAAAGCCGAUGGCCCCAGUGGAGAUGACAGAGCCCAUCUGUUUGAUUGACAAUGAUGAGAGUGGGUGCAUGUGUGUCAGGAGAGAGGCACUGGAGAUUCUGGAGCAGAUCACACAGCCUGUGGUGGUGGUGGCCAUAGUGGGGCUCUACCACACAACAUGUGAGAAACUCAAACUCUUCUGUCAGGAGGAUAAAAAGCCUGUGUGUUUGGUCCAUGAUCUCUGUCUAGUGGAGGAGGCUGUAGAUCCUUGUAAGGAAGAAGUCAGGACUGCACUGAAACCCUUGAAAGAGAAGCUAAAAAUCUUUGAAAAAGUCAAACUAUACUGCGAUAAAACAGCAGAGCACAUUAAGAGAUAUGUUGAUCUAAUCUAUCGUAGCUUGACUCUUGUGAUUCUGGACCCUAACACUGCUCACCCAGAACUCAUCCUGACCAGAGUGAGAUUCUGUGAGGAGACAAAACAACAGAUUCCUAAUGAUCUGGAGAGAUUUGACAAUCAUCCAUGUGUCGUGGCGUCUGAGGGCUUUGAGUCAGGAAUACACUACUGGGACCCUGACAUCGGCAAGAGCAAACACUGGGAACAGUGUUUUUAUUGA